CUUCGUCUCCAGAAGUUGUUCGAAGUUAUUUCGGCAAACAAGCGUUGAUUUUGGGUGAAGUAUUUUUUUUUCUCGCCGAUAGUUGAACUCUGUAUCGGCAAAACAGAACCCCAGCGCCUGCAGACUUGCACAUUUAACUCGUCGAAUCAUCACUUGCAAAGAGCAGCUACUCUCCGCGGCUGUCCCUCUUGUGCGCGACCGUGAUAUCCCUUGAGUGCAACAGCGCUUCCACAUCCUAUCACCCUUUGAUCUCUUCUACCUUAUUCUAAAUAGGUAGCGUAUAUCCACCAAUUGCUCACAGCCGUCGUUGUCAUUGGUUCUAGAUACUUGGUGCCUGACAGCUGCAUCGGUCCAAUCACGGGUCUCAUUGGAAGCGUGACGGGAAGCGCCGUCGCGACUCCAUGAUGGAAUAUCCUCCACAAUAUCAACAGCCUCAUGGCCAACAUCCCCAUGCCCCCUCCCACAUCGCUGCCCCGUAUCAGGCCGGACCCCAGAACCCAGGCUCAACGGUGGCUUCGAUGACCUCUCCCACCAAUCCCCAGGCACAUAUGCAGCAAGCCCAUCCUACGCAUCAGGCUUCUCCCAUUGUCCCAUCGCAGUCUCAUUAUCAACAAGCACAGAAUGCGCCGGGCUCAGUACACCAGCAGAUGAACUUCCCUCAAUCCUACGGGGUAACUACAGCAAUGCCCCAGACGUACGGCAUCUCGCCAACACAGGCAGCGGCUAUGGCUACUGCGGCAGCGUCUGGGCAAUUCUACCCUCUGCAUCAGGACUCAAUGGCGGGUCAAAUGCCGCAAGGGCCUCGUGGCUCGCCGCGUAUGGCUGGAGUUCAACAGGUGAAGAAUGAGCGGAAUCCACGCUCGCCACCGCAAAUGCCAGGGCAAAUGCCUUCCAUGAGUUCACAAGUACAGAUGCAGCAGAAUGCUCAGAUGCAGCAGCGUCGCAUGAGCCAUGUUGGCAGCCCCCACGUUCAAACUGCUCAGCCGGUCCUUAAUCACGUUGGUCGGCCUUCAGUACCUCCACCUAUGCCGCCUCCGCCUCAGCCUGCGGUGCAACAAAGUCAACCUUCCCCAGAGAUGGCUGUUGGCGCCGUGGAGGAGUCUCCUCUUUAUGUUAACGCAAAGCAAUUCCACCGCAUUUUGAAACGACGCGUUGCUAGGCAAAAGUUGGAGGAACAACUCCGCCUCACGUCCAAGGGCCGUAAGCCAUAUCUGCAUGAGUCGCGUCACAAUCAUGCUAUGCGGCGGCCACGCGGUCCGGGCGGUCGAUUCCUGACGGCAGACGAAGUCGCUAACCUGGAGAAGAAGAAUACCGCGGGUGGACAAGAGAAUGUCGAUAGCAAGCCGACCGCGAAGAAGGCGAAAACUAGCGUUGCGAAAACGAGCACCAGCGCUGAGGAGAGCGAACAUGAAUCCGCCGAGCCAUCUGAUGAGGAUGGUUGAACGAUAUGUCGAGGCAAAUAUUGCUUUUCAUAUUAUUAGCGCGUCUUUGUCCGCUUUUGAUUUUUUUUUCAUUUCUUCGUACCUAUUCAUCCUUAUGAUUUUAUGGAUGAAUUUAUUUAUGUUUUCUUUUGUAGCGAGCGAUGUGUGACAACUCACCUAUCACGUUUCUACUACCAUUAUCCGACAGCAACCAGUGUUAUGUCUGUUUAUAUCGUUAUGUUAUGUUGGUACGAAGUUUCCUAUUGUUUUCCAAAGAAACCUGUUUA